CUUAUUGAGAUAAAAACCUGCAUCUCCAAAAAUGUUUAUAUUUGUUUUGUGAUCAAUUGUCAAUAUUUCUUAAAUUCUCCUAAAUUAUACAAACCUAGUAUAUUAUUUUUCCAUAUUUAUUAAUGAAAAAUAAUUAGAUAACAUUUUUUUUUUUCUAUCUAUAUCUAUCAAAAAGUUUAUUAUUUGAGAUCAUCAAUAUUUCAAGUGUAUUUUUAGGUUAACCACUAUUGUAAAGUUUUUAAUGACAAAAAGUUUGUCGUUAAUAAUAUUAGUUAAAAACAAUAUAAUAAAGCAGCUGAUUAAUACUUAACAUUUUUUAAAUUAAGUUUACGCGUUGAUCGUGUAUUCAUCAAGGAGGAUAAAUUGUGUACCUUAUUUUAUCUGCAUAGCGUUUAAAGGUGAAAUUUAUUGGCAAAGAAUUUACAGUUGCUGAUCAAUUGGUUGCUAGAUUUCAGUGCAUUUCACAAAUGGAUUCAAAAAGAGAAGACGACAUGUUACUACAAAAUUUAGAAAUUUUAAAUUUCACACAAUACGGAAAAUGUUCUUUAAUUUCUGAUUUAAUCAAGAAUGUUUCAAUUGAAAAUUAUAUUUACCCGGAAAAUUAUAAAUUUUCCCGAUACACAAUACCAAAGGAGGAUAGUGCAAAUUUCAGAGAUAAAGAAAGUCCUGAAGAUGUAAAUAUUGACAAGGAUUAUAAAACUUUAAUUGAAAAAAUAAAAAAAAGAGUGAAAUCUCCACUGAUUACGGCAAUUCAGAAAAAUGAUGUAAAAGUUGUGAAACAACUUUUAAACAAUAGAGACAAAAGUAACUUGACGUACAAAACUGUAACACCGCUUCUUUAUGCAGCAAAAUAUGGCCAUUUGGAAAUAGUCAAGUUACUGUUUAGUCAUGGUUAUCAGAAAAUCGAAAUUCGAAAAGGAAAUAAUCGAACACCUUUGUAUUUUGCUGUUAAAAACAGUCACGUCAAUAUUGUAAAAUACUUGGUCGAGAAUGAUUCAAAAAUAAAUUUAUCAAAUCGGGAUCGUCACUUCCUUGCACGUAAAUGCAUUUUAAAUAAUCGUUUAGACAUUUUAAAGUGUCUUAUUGAUAGCAAUGAAGGAAUCAACUAUGUAGAUUCAUCGUCAAAAACUCUUCUUCAUUAUUCAGCUGCUAACGGUUAUUUAGAUAUAUUGAAAUAUUUAAUAGAAUGUGGUGCCGAAAUAAAUGUAGAGUGUAAGGAAUCUCCCCUUCAUUGUGCGGUAAAAGCAGGACACGUGUCAAUUAUUAGAGAACUUUUAGUUAAAGGAACUGAUUUUCCAUUUAGUGAUAUAAUUCACAUUGCAGCUGAAAAAGGAAGCGAACAAAUUUUAAAAAUCCUUCUGGAAGCUGGAUAUUCCGUUGAAAGUUAUUUUAAUGGGAGAUAUCCUAUUCAUGUAGCGGCUGCGUUCGGACAUUGGAAAUUGAUCAGAAUUCUCAUUAAAUCGGGUGCUGAUAUUAAUUCAACAACACAAAAUAAUGAAACUCCAUUGCAUGUUGCAAUCGCUUUUGGACAAUUGUCUGCAGUCAAAUUUCUUUUGUAUGCUGGAGCAGAUCCUGUGGGAAAAAAUUUACAAUCAACUCCGUUACAUUAUAUUUUAAAUGAAGAAAAAUGGCGUUUUAGGGAAUAUUUAAAUAUGAGGACUGAACGACAGGUGGAAAUUCUUAGGUGUCUUCUUAAUUUCAUUCAAGAAAAAGAUCUUGAACUUUGUUUAAUGAGAGAUGUAGAUUUUCUUCUGAAAUUAGAUACUCCUCCAAAAUUAGUCGAUGUUCUUCUGGAGUACGGUGUUUCAUUUUGUUAUAAUAUUAUAUCCAAUUUGGACAUAUUAGAUGUAGAUAGUGAUUCUAAAAGUUAUACAGCUUUAGUUGAUAAUAUUAUGAACAUGAAUAUACUUGUUGAAUUUUUAAAUUUAACUAAUCUAGCAUUAACAUUUUCGGUAAAUGUGGAUAUUAGAGCUAGAAAUAAAAAGUUGUGCGAAUUAUUAGUUGCGCGCAUAGUUCUAAUGAAAUUGAUUUCACAAAAUUUUACACAAAUGGAGCUAGAAUCAAUUCAGAAAGGGAUUCUUCCUUUUAAAAAUUAUUAUAAAGAAUGUACAAAGCAAAUAUUAAGUAUGCGAGAUACGAAAAUUCAUCCCAAAUUCGAUGUGACUUAUUAUGAUAUAUUAACAAAAUCUAUUAAUCAAGUUUCGAUUUACGUAAGAAACGAGAAUUUACUGAUUGAUUUGUACUCUAAAUAUUCAGUGUAUUCUGCAUUUUUAAAGAUACAUGUUGAAAAAGGAAAAGAGCGAAGAAAUUUAAUUGAAACAAGUUAUCAAUGUUUGUUUGAUAUCGUUGUACGAAAUCAUAAAAUUCAACUACCACUUCUAGCAAUCAUGAAAAUUUUCGACUAUCUUUCUGUAAUUCAUUUGCGGAAAUUGGUAGCAGCCUAUUUUUGAAGACUUAUUAAUCUUCUAAUUUUUUAUUAGAAAUGAAAAAAUAAGGGAAAAAAACUUUUAAAGUUAAAAAUUUUUUUUUUUAAAUUAUGCAACUUUGUAUUAUUGUAAACCUCGUUAUGUAUAUUAAAAACUAUGUUAGCUUUUAUAAUCACUUUACACUAAAGUACAAUGCACAAAUUUUAUAUGUAAGUAAAUGAAAUUCAUUUUUAAAAUAAUAGAAAUAUAAAAUUGUAAUUUUAUAACCUUCAUGUGAUUUAAUUUUCAAAUAAAAUGUGUAAAUAAAAAUUUA